GAGAGGAGCAAUGAUUAUGCUGUUACUCUCCAGGAGGAUUUGCACACUGACACCAAAGCUGAAAAACAAACAAAGGACAAGGAGAAGAAAAGAUUGCAAAAACCUGCCAGCAGUAAAGUAGCAAGUACUGCAAAGCAACCAAACCAGAAGACUAACAGCAAGGUCUCUGAAAAGACCAAUGCAGCCAAAGUUACAAAGAGCAAGCAGAAGAAAACUUCUACAACAUUGGCUAAGAAGCCACCAACAAAGGACAUCAUGCGCUCAGUGAAUGGAGGGCCAGCUCACUUGCCCUGUCCUAGCAAAGAGUCAGACCGAGAAGUAGAAAUUCGGCUUUUACAAGUGGAGUGCGAUGAGCUAAGGACCAGACUUGGAUGUCUGAAGGAGGGAUUAAUGGGUCAAAAGCCAAGUGAUGUAGAGCAUUUGCUGAAGCAGUCCCAGAAGGAGCUGCUAUGGCUGCAGCGACAGCUGUCAUUCAUCUCCAAUGGAGGCCCACCAUGCAUUCUAUCAACAAACAAGCAGUUGAGAAAUGAUCUCCAGUGCCUACCACCAUCAGUGCAACACAGAACAUACAACGAGAUCCGUCUCCUAGAGGAGAAAACCCGCUCAUUUAAAUCUGAUGUCACUUCAGUAUAUCCAGAAAAGGUGCAGUGGGGCUUUCUAGAAAAUGAACUAAAAGAUGCAGUACAAGACAAGAAUCGCCUAACUCUUCAGUAUGCCAGCUUAUCCCACAGGGCCUUGCAGUAUGACCAGGUGAAAUUGGACUAUGAGCAGCUUCGAGAGACUCUCACCAAGGUCACCAAAGAACGAGAUUUGGCUGUGAAGGAGAAAUACCAGCUCCAAGCCAAACUGGAGAACUUAGAGCAGGUCCUAAAGCAUAUGCGAGAGGCUGCUGAGCGGCGGCAACAGCUGGAAUUAGAGCAUGAGCAAGCCUUGGCUGUUCUCAAUGCAAAGCAGCAGGAGAUUGAGCUUCUACAAAAGGACAAUAAGUGCUUUAUAUCUGUACUGUCUGGGGAAGAAAUGACUGUUCUUAUCUUUGAGGAAGGUAUGACAGAUGUUCUAACACCUGACCUGUUCUGUGCAGUUCUGAACAGAGAUUGCUCUCCCCUACAAGCCCAGGUCGAAGCCAAGAAGGAACAUGAAGGUGCAGUCCAGCUACUAGAGAACACUUUGGACAGCAUGCAGGCCAAGGUUCGAGAGUUGGAGGAGAAAUGCCGAACACAAAGUGAACAGUUCAAUCUCCUUUCUCAGGAGCUGGAAAAGUUCCGCCAACAAGCUGGAAAAAUUGACUUAUUGAGUAGCAGCACAGUCUAUAAUUUUGAUAUCCCAGUCUCCCCCAAUAAGGCAUUUGCUCAGUUAAUGAAUGGAAUAGCAACUACCAUUGGAAAAGGUUAUGAAAUCCCCACUGGUAGCAGGUCCUUGAUUGCUGAGUUCAUCCACCCACUUCAAAUUACAGGGGACAAGCCAGAGCAGCUCUCUGUUAAACCCAUUUAUCUCUCAAGACCCAGGUCUGGCAGCCCAAGGCACAGGUUGGAAUCUGACAUGGAUAAUGAACGAAAUACGAAUACCUCAAAGCAAAGAUACUCUGGGAAAGUCCACCUUUGUAUUGCACGCUAUAGUUAUAAUCCCUAUGAUGGACCAAAUGAAAACCCAGAAGCAGAACUACCACUGGUGGCAGGAAAAUACCUCUAUGUUUAUGGAGAUAUGGAUGAGGACGGGUUCUAUGAAGGAGAAUUGUUGGAUGGCCAGAGGGGACUUGUACCUUCCAAUUUUGUUGAUUUUGUUCAAAAUGAAGAAUUUAAUGUGUCUAGCACCUUGACCAGUGAACAGGAAGAAAAUUUCCUCAAUCACUCAGUUCCCCUUUUUGAAGCAGAACACAAGCUAGAUAUUACCCCACCAAUCCACAUAGAGUCCAGUGUGCUGAACAAUGGCACAGGGACUAUGGAUGUGAACAUUGACGAAAUUGGAGAAGACAUUGUGCCUUAUCCUCGGAAAAUAACCCUCAUCAAACAACUUGCCAAAAGUGUCAUUGUGGGCUGGGAGCCACCACUAGUGCCACUGGGCUGGGGUACAAUCCACAGCUAUAAUGUGUUGGUGGGAAAAGAAGUACGUGCAACUUUGAGCUUUGGAAGCAGAACCAAAUGUCUACUUGAAAAAUUGGAUCUUGCCACAGUUACAUACCGCAUAUCAAUCCAGACUGUCACAGAUCGGGGCAACUCUGACGAGCUUCAGUGCACUCUGUUGGUUGGAAAGGAUGUUAUUGUAGCUCCAUCCCAUCUGAAAGUAGACAAUAUCACCCCAAUGUCCGCAGAACUCUCUUGGCUCCCAAGCAACAGCAAUUAUAGCCACAUAAUAUUCUUGAAUGAUGUGGAAUUUGACAUUGUUAAGGCUGCCAGUUACAAGUAUAACUUUAUCAACUUAAAACCCAAUAUGACUUUCAAAGUCAAGCUUCUUGCAAAGCCCCACCAAAUGCCAUGGCAGCUUCCUUUGGAACAGAGGGAGAGGAAGGAAGCCUAUGCAGAAUUUUCUACUCAACCAUCAGGUCCUCCUACUGCACCUGAUGAUGUUGCUGUCCAUCCUGGACCUACUCCCGUAACACUGCUGGUUACAUUCAGACCACCAGUACUGUCUCCAACAGGAACCUCAAAUGGAGCAAAUGUGACUGGCUUUGCUGUGUAUUCUAGGGGACAAAAGGUGGCAGAAGUCGUGUUUCCCGCAGCUGAGAACAUUGUGGUGGACCUCAUGAAAAUACUCAAUUUGGAUGCCAAGGAAGUUACAGUGAGGACCUUGUCAGCACAAGGUGAAUCGGAGGACUCCUGCACUGCUUAUAUUCCACCUGAUUUACUGAUACCUCCAGCACAACAUUCAAGAACUAUACCUAAAUGCAAGCCAUUAGCUAGUGCUGGUGUACCAGAUACCAAAGAUAAACAUGUAUGUCCACACAGAAAAGCGGAUGAUGCUUGGGACCAUACCCAUACAGUGUCUCCCAUUCAUGGGCAUACAUUGGAACCUCCAACAUCAAAUUUUCAUAGCCCAGGUCAUGGUAGAAGAUCACCGUCUCCUCAGAGGAUACUUCCACAACCUCAAGGUGCACCCAUUUCUAGCACUAUGGCCAAAGCAAUGGCAAGGGAAGCAGCACAAAGGGUCGCAGAGAGCACCAGGAAUGAAAAGAGGAACCUGUUUAGUGAGAGGAGUAGUACAGUGCAUGAAAACUCGGAUGAUGAUGAAGAUGGUUAUGAUUCUCCACACAUCAAAAGAAAAGGAGCUUCUGUUGAUGAGUUUCUUAAAGGCUCUGAGCUUGGGAAGCAGCCGCACUAUUGUCCUGGGGAUGACUAUCAUACUGAAAGCAGUAAGGGCUCUGAUUUAUCAGACAUCUUGGAGGAAGAUGAGGAAGAACUGUAUUCAGAGAUGCAGCUAGAGGAUGGAGGCAGGAGACGUGUCAGUGUUACUUCCCACAAUACACUUAAGUGCUCUAAGACUAGUGCCACAGAGCCUACUGUAAAGGAGCAGCUGGAUUAUUCCCCACAACAUCCUCACUGUAAAAAACUGUUCAGUAUUCCUGAAGUGGCAGAGGAAGAAAGUGGAGAACAUUCAGUGAACUCUGUAGGCAUGGCUUAUAGAGAAAAAGGAACCAUAGGUAGUACUAAUAGAAUUCCAAGGGCUAGUUGUCCAGAUGGGAGACAUCAGAGUCCAUGGCAUUACUCAAAGUGUAGGUUUAAUGGGGCCUCUCCAUGCUCUGAUGAUUUUACAUAUGAAGGGAGAAAGCUUGGAAUGCUAUCCAGGAGCCCAGACAGCGGCUUGGAUUGUGGAAGUGAAGAAGAGGAAGCACGGUAUAAUUACAGGAAAGGCUGCAACACCAUUGCUAGAAAUACUACACAGGAGCAGCAAGAAAAUCUUGUAUGUCCUAGAGACCUAAAGCUAAUGUUGACCCGCAGGAAAACCCUCACCAGGCAAAGCAGCGUGGAGGAGGAUUUUGGUGAUAUGAGUUCAGGCUUUGUAGAUAACAAUAAUGGGUCCAAGUGGCACACUGAAAACUGCAAACCGCUGUCCUGUGUCAGAGAUUUAAAUAACAGUGACAGCCCAUGCCGGGAAUCAGAUGUAUAUAAGAAAAACUGUAGCACAGGAGAUCUAAGGCCUACCCACAGAGACACAGAAAACUCUCUGCUUCUAGGCAAUCACUCUACGUUGGGAAGAACAGAAAGAACUGAUCAUCCUGUGCGGAGAUUUCCCCAUGGUAGUGCAGUUCAACAGAGACCUCGACCUAUGAUGGUCCCAUCUAUUGAAAUUACAAUGGACAGUAACAGUGAAGGUGGUCGUUCUCGGUCAGGUAGUGAGGGAAAUAUUUCACCUGUAAAAGAAGAAGCUUAUUAUCGCAGCAUUGGAGGACACAGGAAAUGGUCUCUACAGCGUACCAGGGCCUCUGAGGAUAGAUACGAUAGUUAUGGAAGCCGAGAAAAGAUGUCAUCUGGGAUGUAUGAAGAAUCUGAAACAGAUGGUGGAAUGGAGGAUUAUCCAGUACGAAUAUUUGUAGCACUCUUUGAUUAUGACCCAAGAACGAUGUCACCAAAUCCAGAUGCUGCAGAAGAAGAACUUCCCUUCAAAGAAGGACAAAUAAUUAAGGUGUAUGGUGAUAAAGAUCCAGAUGGUUUUUACCGAGGUGAAAGUUGUGGGAGAUCUGGGUAUAUUCCCUGUAAUAUGGUGUCUGAAAUUCAAGCUGAUGAUGAAGAAAUGAUGGACCAGCUUCUUAAACAAGGAUUUCUACCCUUGAAUACACCAGUGGAAAAAAUUGUCAACUGUGAACGUUUCAAAGAGAGCACUCGCUCUGUACACCGCAGAUCCAGAAAGUCUAAACGAGAACGAAACAGAAGGAGCGGGAGGCAAAACUCUGUUUCCACAAGGAGAAUGGUUGCUUUGUAUGACUAUGAUCCAAGGGAGAGCUCACCUAAUGUAGACGUUGAGGCAGAGUUAACAUUUUGCACCGGUGAUAUAAUUACUGUGUUUGGUGAAAUAGAUGAAGAUGGAUUCUACUAUGGUGAACUAAAUGGACACAAAGGCCUUGUCCCCUCCAAUUUUCUGGAAGAAGUGCCUGAUGAUGUUGAAGUUUACCUUUCUGAUGCACCAUCUCGAUACCCUUCAGACCCCCCAAUACGAACAAAAGUUAAGAGGGCUCCAUCCGAGAAUGCAGGUACACCAAGGAGAGCACCUUCACCCACAGUUCAUCUUCAUUCCAUGUCACCACCAUCCUCCAUGGGUUCAGGAAGCCCUAUGAGAAGCAGAGAUCGCGCAUCAAAAAAGAAAAAAGGUCUGCUAUCCAAAGGAAAAAAAUUAUUAAAAAAGCUUGGGGCUGUAAAAUAAGUUACCUCCAACAAACAUUCAACGUUACCUGAAUUUUACAUGUAAGGUAAAUUAAGGCCUUGAGAUUAAAAGGGUGCCAGGUCUUAAAAAUUUUACAAAGCAACUCUUCCAACUGAUUACAAACACAAUUCAGAGAUGGCUGUAUAUUUAAUAAAUAACCCACAAGGUAAAAUGUGGCCCAAUAUUCAAGCUAGUUAUUUGCAGCCUUGAUGUUUUGCCUUACUUGAUGCACAAUGAUUUCUAUUGUUCAAUAGAUGUACAGAAUAUAUUCUUUGUAGGUUUUGUGUGCAUCCCGUUGUAUUCUAAUUGUAUCAUUGUGAUUACAAAAAAUCAUUUAAGAAAAUUAAAAGAAACAGGAAGUUCAGAAUGUUAGAUAUUCCAGUAAACAUGUAUGUCAGCCCCCUCUCCCCUUGUUCUGCUCUUAUAAAUAACCUGUAACCAUGCAACUGGUAACAUUCACAGCCAAGUAAAUCUCUUAGGUGUCCACUCUAUCAGCUUAAUGAGAUGUGAAACAAACACAUAAUUUCAGAUUGGCAUCCUCAAAUGUACCAUUACUGCAAAAAUCCCUGUUACUAUUUUGUAAGUACAGUCCAUUUGUAGGUUCUUUGUACUCUUUAUACAUGAUUUUCAGACUGCCUUUCUUUUGUAAAAUGAAGGUUUACAAUUAAGCACUCCCCUCAUUGUGUCUUCAAAAUGUACAUAACUGUAAAAUAAUGUUGUGCUAGAAUGAAAUUCAAGACUUAUUGACCUAAAAGUGAUUAAAGUGUUGUGUGGGUGUGUGCAUGUGUACAUUUGAUGUGUAAAUUAUUUUAUAUAAAUAAAUUUGAUAUUUUGUACAAAGUAUGUCAUUACUUGUCUGAAAAUACAGCUCUGGUCAUCCUCCUGUUAUUGGGUAGAUACAUUUUAGUCUGCAAUAUGGAACUAGAGUCUAAUGGCCUAAUAUGAACGAAUGCUAAUUUUGAAGUUGUCAUUUUUAUUUUUGAACUCUCUUGCAUUCUC